AGUAAGCACACCUGCCGUUCUUAUUAUUUUGCAGUUUAGGCAGUGAAACAUGGACAUGAUCAGUCAAUUGUCAGAUGACUUGCUCAUCCGAAUACUAUCACUUGUCCCGACGAAACAUGUCAUGGCCACAUGUUGCUUGUCGAAAAGAUGGCUGCUUUUUUGGAGCUUAGUUCCAAAGCUUGAGUAUGAUGAUAGCAGUUACAGUGAUGAAAACUAUGCGACCUUCACGAAGUUUGUUUACGGGUCUUUGAUGUCGAAUAAGGCACCGGUUCUAGAGAGCUUGACUCUCACUCUAGGUCCCAAUUUUCAAGCAAUAGAUGUUGGGAUAUGGAUUGAAACAGCAGUUUGUCACCGUGUGCAUGCGAUUAUAGUUAAUACCCUUCCUUAUGAGGAGAAAGGGACCAUGAUCAGUUUGCCGAGUAGCAUCUAUACAUGUGAAACACUAGAAACCUUGGAACUAAGUGGUUGCUUUUGUUUGAAUGAUAUUCCUUUUUCUGUUUGUCUCCCGUCUCUGAAAACUUUGGAAAUUAUAAAUGUGGAGGUGUCGUCUCUCACAAGGCUUUUAUCCGGUUGUCCUAAUCUUGACCAUCUUGUUGUGCACCGAGAGGAUAUAGACGUGGAUAUCGUGGUGCCUUCUCUGCGGAAAUUGAACAUGGUCAAUUACACAGGAGGUCAAAAGGGUAGCGGAUUUGUGAUAGAUGCUAGGUCUCUCGUGAGCCUGUACAUUAAGGAUGAUGUCUUUAACGACUACCAUCGAAUUGAGUAUAUGCCUAAGUUAGAAGAGGCAUAUGUUGACAUCACUUGUGGAGUACGUGACCACAAAUUUCUGAAAGCUUUUACUUGUGCCCGGGCGCUUUCUCUAUGUUUAUCAUUUUUAGAGGUUCUGUCUCCUCGUAGCAUGAUCUUCCACAAUCUCGUUUAUCUGACACUGAAUACAUGUGUUCACGGUUGGUGGGAUCUUGUCACUCAUAUGCUCCAAGAUUCUCCCAAGCUAAGAUUUCUCAAACUCCAUGAUGAACAUGAUCUUUCGCUUACAAGUAUAGAACCCCCAGAUUGCUGGAAGCCACCGAGUUCUGUUCCCAAGUGUUUGUUGCACACUUUUGCAGAUUUCGAGUGGCACGGUUACAAAGGGAGGCGAGGAGAUGUAGUGAUGGCCACAUACCUUAUAGAACACGCUACUUGGUUGCAGGAAGUAGCUUUCUUUUCAGAAGAAUCCGAUGACAAGAGAGAUAGGAUGCUGGAAGACUUUACAUCCGUGGCUGCGCCUUCACCUUGCUUUACAUUUUACUGGAGUUCGGACCAGGGCAUGACAUACUCAUGCUACAUAUUACGAAAAAAUAAAUUAUUAAGAUGGUGUUAUUCGGUUUAG